AUGGCCGCACUGACCAGGUUCAUCAGUAAGUCAACAGACAAAGCCUUACCAUUCUAUCAGUUAUUGAAAGGAAACAGGGAAUUCAAGUGGGGGGCCAAGGAGAAAGAAGCCUUUGAGGGCAACAAGGAGCAUCCGACUAAGCUCCCAACAAUGAUCAGCCCGGAGCUGAGGGAAAAGCUGCAGUUAUACAUCUCAGCAUCAAUACAAACAAUCGCAGCCGUUCUGCUGGUAGAAAGACAGAAACAACAAAGGCCAAUAUAUUUCGUGAGUCACGUGCUGACUGACGCAGAGCAAAGAUAUCCCCUGGUAGAAAAGCUAGCCUUCGCAGUGGUCACGACAGCAAGAAAGCUAAAACCAUACUUCGACGCGCAUAUAAUAGAGGUCCUCACAAACCACCCGCUGGAAAAAGCAUUAAAACAGAUGGAUGCAUCAGGAAGACUCUUGAAAUGGGCAAUUGAACUUUCUGAGUAUGAAUUCGAGGUCAAGCCUAGAGCAGCCAUCAAGGCACAAGAUCUAGCAGACUUCAUAGUGGAAGCCUCUUAUGAGGAGAAGGAAGACGACAUUGGAGUCUGGAAGGUGGAAGUGGAUGGGUCCUCAGCCCAAACGGGGAGUGGAGCAGGAGUCAUAAUGACGUCUCCAGAAGGAAACGUAUUCGAGUAUGCCAUCAAGUUUAAGUUCAAAGCGUCUAAUAAUGAAGCAGAGUACGAGGCGACACUAGCAGGCUUGCGUAUGAGCCUCGCAGCCGGAGCUCGCAAAGUACACCUGCAGACUGACUCUCAGCUCGUUGCCAGCCAGCUCCAGGGGGCAUACGAGAUAAGGGAAGCCACUAUGAUGAAAUAUGUGACCAAAGUGAAAGAACUGGCAGCCCAGCUAGUCCAAAUCCAGUUAGACUUAGUCCCCCGAGCAGGAAACUCUCAGGCUGACGCCUUAUCUAAGUUGGCCAGCUCCACCUUGCAAAGCCUCACUAGAACAGUGAUGGUCGAAGUGUUAGAAGAAAGUAGCAUUGCCGAAAAGGAGCAGGUAAACUGCAUUGGGAGUCGGAGAGCCUGCUUCUCUGACAUCUUGGCAUACAAGCCUCAUGGCUCGCUGCCCGAUGACGAAGUACAGGCUAAAAAGGUGAAGAAAGAUGCAAAUUGGUAUGUGGUGAUGAAUGGAGAGCUCAACAAGAAAGGCUUUUCAAAGCCACUGCUGCGGUGCAUCCCAGAAUGGGAGCAAGAGGGUAUCAUGGAAGAAGCCCACUCCGGGAUAUGUGCCAAUCACAUUGGCGGGAAAGCAUUGGGAGUGGAGGUCCUUAGAAGAGGGGCAUAUUGGCCAACUCUCACACAGGACACACUUGCGUACGUUAAAAAAUGCUACAGGUGUCAGAAACAAUCACCGGUCAUAAAUCAGCCAGCAAACGAUCUAACUCCGAUCCUCAGCCCGUUCCCGUUCGCUCAGUGGGGAAUGGACAUAUUAGGACCCUUCACCACUAGGUCGGCGGGCAGGAAGUAUCUUAUUGUGGCAGUUGAUUACUUUACGAAGUGGAUAGAAGCUGAGCCCACCAAAUACAUAAAGGCAACCCAGGUAAGAACAUUUAUAUGGAAGAGCAUCAUCACCAGAUUCGGGGUGCCACAGUGCAUAGUCUUCGAUCAUGGGUGUCAGUUUGACUGCGACACCAUAAAGGAUUACUUGGGAGACAUGGGCACCAAGUAUGCAAGUGCCUCAGUCUGCCACCCGCAGAGCAACGGCCAAGCAGAAGCAGCAAACAAGCUGAUCCUGACAGCCCUACAGAAGAAGUUGGAAGAAUACAAAGGUCUUUGGGCAGACUUAGUCCCAGAAAUCUUGUGGGCGAAUAGGACCACAAAGAAGGAGGCAACUGGUAAAAGCCCCUUCACCUUGACCUACGGGGUCGAUGCAGUUGUCCCUGUGGAAGUACAAAUCCCCAGCCUGAGGAUACAGCACUAUGAGCAGCAGGGGAAUGAAAAGCGCAUGCUGGAAGAGCUAGAUUUCCUGCCGGAAGUAAGACUAAAAGCGGCCCUUAAGCUGGCAGCCCAGAAGAGCAGGAUCUCCAAAGCUUUCAACAAGAGGGUCAAGCACAAGGAGCUCCUGCCUGGAGACCUAGACCUCAGGAGGACAACAGCAGUUGGAAGAGGAAAUUAG